AUGCUGGACCUGCAGGCCCUUCCCAGCCUGGAAAAGUUCGACUCCCAGCUCCUGCAGGGCUUUGAGCUCUUCAAAGCCCCCGGCCCCGCGGACGCCCAGCCUGCGCCAUCAAUCCUCAAUGACACCGACGCCGAUGCGUCUGACGGCGCCCUCCACCAGAUGAUGAACCCCAGGGCCCGGGCGGCGGCAGCCCCUACCGACGGCACCGCUGCGGCGCUGGUGCGGGCCCGGAGCACCGGCACCGGCGCGGCCGCCGCAGCGGACGCCGACGCCGCGCUCGCCGCGGACGGCGCGUCCAGCCAAGCGCACACCCCGCGCGCGCCGUCGCGCGGCGGCAACGGCAACGGCGGCGCCGGUGCCGGCAGCGCCCUGCGCGAUUCCGGCGCGGACGUUGGUGGCCGCGCGGCCAAGCGUGCGCGCGGUGUCGGGGCCGCGGCCGCUGCUGCUGCUGUUGAGGACACAGACGAUGAGAUGGAGGCGGCGUUUGGCGCCGCCGCGGGUUACUACGGCGGCGAUGACUGUGAGGAUGACUACGACAUGGAGGACUCGCUCAUCAGCUCGCAGAGCAAGCUGGGGCAAACGACGCGUGCUCAUGUGUCAUCUCUGUGA